CAGGAACUCAGUGUAGUACGCGGAGGCGCUGACUAUCAUUUUUGUAUUCUGCAAUGGUCGAGGAUGAGUUUUAUUCUUUCUGGAAGUCUCUGGGGCCCAAGCCACCUACAACUUUAAGGUGCUUCGAAAGAGGAGAAAUUAUGACUCUUCAUGAUGCAGACGCCCUUCUUGUCGCCAAAGAUUACUUCAAAAAUCCGUCUCUUGUGAAACGAUUCUCAGGGGGAAAGUCCAACAUGUCCUACGUAACAAUCAAAAGACAAAACACAGAUUUCCUGAGACAUUUUCUCCUAAAGCGACAGUAUCGCAUUGAAGUAUAUUGUUCGAAUACGAAGAGUGGAAGGGACAAUGGUUGGAUUCUCAAAUUUAAGGUUUGUACCUAAUGAGCCUAAAAUGAUUAUAGGUUUCCCCUGGAAACUUGGGUCCAGUUGAAGAUAUUCUAAUGAGUGCGUCAGAUUCAAUUGAAGCCAGUGGUCUCUGUUCAUUGAAUGUCAAGCAAGUGAACGAACAGUUCCACAUACAUUUAGCUUUUUGUCACAAAGAAAGCAGGAAGUUUCUUAUUGGUGAAUUUGUUGAUUCUGUACAUUUGGCGAACUUGGAGACUGCCCUUGUUCAACUUGAGGCAAGAGAAUGCCUUAUACCUGUUGGACUCGUUUCACGUCCGGAUGUUUCAAAACCCUCUGAGAUUACUGCUUUAGAAACAGCUGUUUCAGAACACAUUGGCCUUAUUUUUGAACGAACGGGGAUUUUAGCUACUGAACUAAAGAAGAGUGAAUUCUCGCAUGCGAAUUGCGUCCAAGAUUUGGGUCACCUUCUGCGGUCUUCACAGAAGGAGUGUGCUAAUGUCUCCAUAAUGUAUGAAAAAGAAUUUCUUCUCAAAGGUGCUUUGGCUUGUCUUAGCGCGAUAAUCACCUUUUUGGAUUUGAAAGCUGAUGAUAUGAACGUUAAUACGUUCAUUUUAGAGAAAUUCAAUCUUGAAAACUAUGUACGCCUGGAUAGUGCUGCAAGUAGAGCUUUGCACUUAUUGCCUGGACCAGACGAUAAGAACAAGUUUCACAGUGUCUAUGGGACGUUGAACAAUUGUCGAACAAGUCAAGGCCAACGUCUUUUAGCUCAGUGGCUUCGACAGCCGCUAGUAGAUAAAUCCAAAAUUGAGGAGCGGUUAGACUUAGUCGAAUCAUUUGUUGAAGAAACAUCUAUACGUCGAGGAUUACAUGAAGAUUUCCUACGUCGCAUACCUGACUUGCAACGUCUGAGCAGACGUUUACAAAAAAAGAGAGCUUCUGGUCUGCAGGAUGUGUAUCGAAUUUAUCAGGGUGUUAUUCGCUUACCACAUGCUAUUGCCUUAAUGAGGCAGUAUACUGGCUCUAAACAAUCAGUUGUUGAAGAAUGUCUUAUUGCACCCUUGCAAGAAUCAGUUGCUGAUUUUUCACAGUUUAAAGAAAUGGUGGAAUCCACAAUUGAUCUGGACUAUGUUAGUCAAAGAAAUGAGUUUAUUAUUCGUGCGGAUUUCGAUGAUGGUCUUCGGGAACUGAGGGAUAAACUAAAUAACCUGGAGGAGCAAAUUAAGGAAGAAUUCGCACGAUGUGCAAGGAAACUCAACUUGGAGCAAAACAAGUCUAUCAAAUUAGAGACCAAUGAUCAACACGGAUAUUUUAUGCGUGUUACACUUAGGGAUGAAAAGUGCUUGCGGGAUGUUAAAUCUUUUGAAAUUUUGGAUACUCAAAAAGGUGGCGUACGUUUUCGUAAUGAAAAAAUGACUACUUUAAACGAAGCCUAUUCAGAAGUCAAACGAGAGUACACUGAUGCGCAACAGUCCAUCGUCGAUGAAGUUGUUCGCGUAGCAGCUGGUUAUAUGGACCCUAUAAACAAGUUGAAUGCUGAUACUGCUCUUUUGGAUGUCAUUGUCAGCCUUGCUAUUGCUGCUGUCUCGUCGUCUGGUAUGCCGUAUGUCCGUCCGACAAUCCUUCCUCAAGAAAGUGGUCGUAUAAUACUCAAAGAAGCUCGACACCCUUGUUUAGAAAUGCAAGACCGAGUCUGUGUUAUUCCAAAUGAUGUUCAUCUUGAACGAGAAAAACAGAUAUUCCUUGUCAUCACUGGUCCGAAUAUGGGUGGUAAAUCAACUUAUAUACAUAGUGUCGGUGUUAUUGUCGCUAUGGCUCAAAUAGGAAGCUUUGUCCCCUGUUCAUAUGCAGAACUUAUGCCAGUGGAUGCUAUCAUGGCUCGUGUUGGUGCUGCGGAUUAUCAAUCUCGCGGAGUAUCUACAUUCUUAGCAGAAAUGCUUGAAACGUCAGCUGUUCUACGAUCAGUCACUCAGAAUUCACUUGUCAUUAUUGAUGAACUUGGACGUGGAACAUCAACGUAUGAUGGAUUUGGUUUGGCUUGGGCAGUUGCUUCAUUUCUAGCUGGUCCGCAAGUUGGUUGUUUCAGCUUGUUCGCCACGCAUUUUCAUGAGUUAACUAGCCUGGCUUAUCAUAUGCCGAGGCGUGUAGCUAAUUUACGCGUUUUGUGCAAUGUGUCACACGACGAUGAGGCGGAUGCUGAGUCUGAAGCAAAAGUUACCAUGUUAUAUAAAGUGGAACCUGGUGUAUGCAGUCGCAGCUAUGGUCUGGAUGUUGCUCGACUUGCAGGAUUACCUAUGGAAGUGAUUAAACAGGCUGAAUCCGAAGCUUCAAAAGAUGAACAACUUGAGUCAAUAUGGUUAAAACUGGAUAAAGAGUUUUCCAGUACUCUUACAAAAGAUUCUGGUGGUGAUGUUAUUAAUGAGUCUCCAGCUGUCGCAGUUGCCAACGAGUUAUGUCCUCGUAUUGUGGAAAUGUUGGAUCAAGUUAUCAAAGAAGCUGAAGUCAAUAACAGUCCUAUGUUGUCUGAUAGUCUAGCGACAAAAGUUUCUGAGGCUACUCGUCAACUUCUUUUGGACAAACCAAAUAACCUGCCAUCUGAUAUCCUUCUAAGCUUAGCCUAAAUAACUGCAAAGAUUUUCAUAAAGAUAUACAUGAGAAUUGACCGUCCUUUAUUUUUGUAUUACAGAAUACUUUGUAGAAAAUUUUAUAAACUUGAUUUUCUGUUCCUGCUUUUCCUUUGUUACAUCUAUAGAGAUAUAUCUCAUGCCUUUUAGUGUUUGUUUCCACCAUAUCAUUAUUAUUUCAUUCACCAAAGCUUUGAUAAAUUAACAAAUAAAUAUAUAUUAUCAUACUCCUU